ACUUCUCUUCGACGUGCCAGCUUCUCUCGCAGGAUGGAUGUGAAGAAGUCUAUUUGUUACAUGAGCUUAGCCGAUGCCUUUCUGAGCCGGCUGAGGAAGGAGGCGGUGAACAGGACAAGGAGCAGGAUCAUGAAGGGCGUCGGCGUGGAGGUUCUUCCAGUCAGCCAGGACAGACAAGAUUUCAUUUAUGAUUAUCUUACCAAACUGUAUGAGCAAAAGAAAGGAACAUUUAGUAAACCUAAAAUUUUUGCUAGACAGACAAUAUAUGAAUGUGAGAGGAGUAAUGCUUGUAAAGGAAAUUCUUCAGGAGACCCAACCAAGACAAGGGCAAAUGGUUGCACUGCUUAUGUUUCAUUCAUGUUUGAAGAGGGUGCAACUAUAACAGCCUGCAUAAUUCGCUACAGACUUGUUCAUAACGGCCAUGAUCCAACUAACAGGGAAGAGUCAAGGGUCAGCCGCAUUGAUCAGUCCUUGAGGCUUAUCAUUGAGUCACACUUGAAAGGGGGCAUGAAAGUGAGCGAUGUAAUGAAUGAAAUAGCAAAAUGGAAUAAGGCCCAUAAGCACACAGAUCACAAGAAUCGACGGUACUUUCCUUCUCGGCAAGAUAUCCAACAGCUUGCCCUUUCUUUAAAGAAGCCGAUUAAGGUACCAUUGAAUAACAGCCUAGAAUCUAAGAAGCCAAGAAAAUAUGACACACUUAACAAAGACAAUGUGACGCGUCUUCUAAGAACAGAAUACCGAGAGACUUGUGUGUAUUAUCAGUCAAGAACAACUACUGGUGCUAAUCCACGGCCAUUGAUUGUUGUCCUCCAGAACAGUGAGCAGAGGGACAUGUUCAACCUGCAUGGACAACACUUAGUCUUUAUUGAGAAAAACUAUGAAGGUCUCAGACAGUAUGGAAAUGCAGUCUAUGUAUUGGUAGUCAGGGAUAACCAAGGGAAUGCCUUUCCUGUUGCUUAUGUUAUUACAAGCUCUGAUGAUGGUCAUACAUUUACUCAGGCGCUGGAGAAACUCAGAUCCAGAUGUCAGACAAAUCCAAAAAUAUUCUUCUUAGAUCGAGAGCUACAUAGCUUUGCAGAAGCAAUGUCAACCAUGUAUACAGAGAGUCUCUUCCUGAUAUCAUGGCAUCAAGUGGCUCAG